GUCUGCAUGGAGCUCUACAAUGUGUUUAUAAACUACAGAGCGCUGUUAUAUUGUAUUAUUUUGAAAGGUCCGGGUUGUAGUGUGGUAGGAGCGCGUUGUUUUAUCCGUUCAGACACUGAGGGAGAGCAGAGAGGAGGUGAGAGAGUCUGCAUGGAGCUCUACAAUGUGUUUAUAAACUACAGAGCGCUGUUAUAUUGUAUUAUUUUGAAAGGUCCGGGUUGUAGUGUGGUAGGAGCGCGUUGUUUUAUCCGUUCAGACACUGAGGGAGAGCAGAGAGGAGGUGAGAGAGUCUGCAUGGAGCUCUACAAUGUGUUUAUAAACUACAGAGCGCUGUUAUAUUGUAUUAUUUUGAAAGGUCCGGGUUGUAGUGUGGUAGGAGCGCGUUGUUUUAUCCGUUCAGACACUGAGGGAGAGCAGAGAGGAGGUGAGAGAGUCUGCAUGGAGCUCUACAAUGUGUUUAUAAACUACAGAGCGCUGUUAUAUUGUAUUAUUUUGAAAGGUCCGGGUUGUAGUGUGGUAGGAGCGCGUUGUUUUAUCCGUUCAGACACUGAGGGAGAGCAGAGAGGAGGUGAGAGAGUCUGCAUGGAGCUCUACAAUGUGUUUAUAAACUACAGAGCGCUGUUAUAUUGUAUUAUUUUGAAAGGUCCGGGUUGUAGUGUGGUAGGAGCGCGUUGUUUUAUCCGUUCAGACACUGAGGGAGAGCAGAGAGGAGGUGAGAGAGUCUGCAUGGAGCUCUACAAUGUGUUUAUAAACUACAGAGCGCUGUUAUAUUGUAUUAUUUUGAAAGGUCCGGGUUGUAGUGUGGUAGGAGCGCGUUGUUUUAUCCGUUCAGACACUGAGGGAGAGCAGAGAGGAGGUGAGAGAGUCUGCAUGGAGCUCUACAAUGUGUUUAUAAACUACAGAACGCUGUUAUAUUGUAUUAUUUUGAAAGGUCCGGGUUGUAGUGUGGUAGGAGCGCGUUGUUUUAUCCGUUCAGACACUGAGGGAGAGCAGAGAGGAGGUGAGAGAGUCUGCAUGGAGCUCUACAAUGUGUUUAUAAACUACAGAGCGCUGUUAUAUUGUAUUAUUUUGAAAGGUCCGGGUUGUAGUGUGGUAGGAGCGCGUUGUUUUAUCCGUUCAGACACUGAGGGAGAGCAGAGAGGAGGUGAGAGAGUCUGCAUGGAGCUCUACAAUGUGUUUAUAAACUACAGAGCGCUGUUAUAUUGUAUUAUUUUGAAAGGUCCGGGUUGUAGUGUGGUAGGAGCGCGUUGUUUUAUCCGUUCAGACACUGAGGGAGAGCAGAGAGGAGGUGAGAGAGUCUGCAUGGAGCUCUACAAUGUGUUUAUAAACUACAGAGCGCUGUUAUAUUGUAUUAUUUUGAAAGGUCCGGGUUGUAGUGUGGUAGGAGCGCGUUGUUUUAUCCGUUCAGACACUGAGGGAGAGCAGAGAGGAGGUGAGAGAGUCUGCAUGGAGCUCUACAAUGUGUUUAUAAACUACAGAGCGCUGUUAUAUUGUAUUAUUUUGAAAGGUUCGGGUUGUAGUGUGGUAGGAGCGCGUUGUUUUAUCCGUUCAGACACUGAGGGAGAGCAGAGAGGAGGUGAGAGAGUCUGCAUGGAGCUCUACAAUGUGUUUAUAAACUACAGAGCGCUGUUAUAUUGUAUUAUUUUGAAAGGUCCGGGUUGUAGUGUGGUAGGAGCGCGUUGUUUUAUCCGUUCAGACACUGAGGGAGAGCAGAGAGGAGGUGAGAGAGUCUGCAUGGAGCUCUACAAUGUGUUUAUAAACUACAGAGCGCUGUUAUAUUGUAUUAUUUUGAAAGGUCCGGGUUGUAGUGUGGUAGGAGCGCGUUGUUUUAUCCGUUCAGACACUGAGGGAGAGCAGAGAGGAGGUGAGAGAGUCUGCAUGGAGCUCUACAAUGUGUUUAUAAACUACAGAGCGCUGUUAUAUUGUAUUAUUUUGAAAGGUCCGGGUUGUAGUGUGGUAGGAGCGCGUUGUUUUAUCCGUUCAGACACUGAGGGAGAGCAGAGAGGAGGUGAGAGAGUCUGCAUGGAGCUCUACAAUGUGUUUAUAAACUACAGAGCGCUGUUAUAUUGUAUUAUUUUGAAAGGUCCGGGUUGUAGUGUGGUAGGAGCGCGUUGUUUUAUCCGUUCAGACACUGAGGGAGAGCAGAGAGGAGGUGAGAGAGUCUGCAUGGAGCUCUACAAUGUGUUUAUAAACUACAGAGCGCUGUUAUAUUGUAUUAUUUUGAAAGGUCCGGGUUGUAGUGUGGUAGGAGCGCGUUGUUUUAUCCGUUCAGACACUGAGGGAGAGCAGAGAGGAGGUGAGAGAGUCUGCAUGGAGCUCUACAAUGUGUUUAUAAACUACAGAGCGCUGUUAUAUUGUAUUAUUUUGAAAGGUCCGGGUUGUAGUGUGGUAGGAGCGCGUUGUUUUAUCCGUUCAGACACUGAGGGAGAGCAGAGAGGAGGUGAGAGAGUCUGCAUGGAGCUCUACAAUGUGUUUAUAAACUACAGAGCGCUGUUAUAUUGUAUUAUUUUGAAAGGUUCGGGUUGUAGUGUGGUAGGAGCGCGUUGUUUUAUCCGUUCAGACACUGAGGGAGAGCAGAGAGGAGGUGAGAGAGUCUGCAUGGAGCUCUACAAUGUGUUUAUAAACUACAGAGCGCUGUUAUAUUGUAUUAUUUUGAAAGGUCCGGGUUGUAGUGUGGUAGGAGCGCGUUGUUUUAUCCGUUCAGACACUGAGGGAGAGCAGAGAGGAGGUGAGAGAGUCUGCAUGGAGCUCUACAAUGUGUUUAUAAACUACAGAGCGCUGUUAUAUUGUAUUAUUUUGAAAGGUCCGGGUUGUAGUGUGGUAGGAGCGCGUUGUUUUAUCCGUUCAGACACUGAGGGAGAGCAGAGAGGAGGUGAGAGAGUCUGCAUGGAGCUCUACAAUGUGUUUAUAAACUACAGAGCGCUGUUAUAUUGUAUUAUUUUGAAAGGUCCGGGUUGUAGUGUGGUAGGAGCGCGUUGUUUUAUCCGUUCAGACACUGAGGGAGAGCAGAGAGGAGGUGAGAGAGUCUGCAUGGAGCUCUACAAUGUGUUUAUAAACUACAGAGCGCUGUUAUAUUGUAUUAUUUUGAAAGGUCCGGGUUGUAGUGUGGUAGGAGCGCGUUGUUUUAUCCGUUCAGACACUGAGGGAGAGCAGAGAGGAGGUGAGAGAGUCUGCAUGGAGCUCUACAAUGUGUUUAUAAACUACAGAGCGCUGUUAUAUUGUAUUAUUUUGAAAGGUCCGGGUUGUAGUGUGGUAGGAGCGCGUUGUUUUAUCCGUUCAGACACUGAGGGAGAGCAGAGAGGAGGUGAGAGAGUCUGCAUGGAGCUCUACAAUGUGUUUAUAAACUACAGAGCGCUGUUAUAUUGUAUUAUUUUGAAAGGUCCGGGUUGUAGUGUGGUAGGAGCGCGUUGUUUUAUCCGUUCAGACACUGAGGGAGAGCAGAGAGGAGGUGAGAGAGUCUGCAUGGAGCUCUACAAUGUGUUUAUAAACUACAGAGCGCUGUUAUAUUGUAUUAUUUUGAAAGGUCCGGGUUGUAGUGUGGUAGGAGCGCGUUGUUUUAUCCGUUCAGACACUGAGGGAGAGCAGAGAGGAGGUGAGAGAGUCUGCAUGGAGCUCUACAAUGUGUUUAUAAACUACAGAGCGCUGUUAUAUUGUAUUAUUUUGAAAGGUCCGGGUUGUAGUGUGGUAGGAGCGCGUUGUUUUAUCCGUUCAGACACUGAGGGAGAGCAGAGAGGAGGUGAGAGAGUCUGCAUGGAGCUCUACAAUGUGUUUAUAAACUACAGAGCGCUGUUAUAUUGUAUUAUUUUGAAAGGUCCGGGUUGUAGUGUGGUAGGAGCGCGUUGUUUUAUCCGUUCAGACACUGAGGGAGAGCAGAGAGGAGGUGAGAGAGUCUGCAUGGAGCUCUACAAUGUGUUUAUAAACUACAGAGCGCUGUUAUAUUGUAUUAUUUUGAAAGGUCCGGGUUGUAGUGUGGUAGGAGCGCGUUGUUUUAUCCGUUCAGACACUGAGGGAGAGCAGAGAGGAGGUGAGAGAGUCUGCAUGGAGCUCUACAAUGUGUUUAUAAACUACAGAGCGCUGUUAUAUUGUAUUAUUUUGAAAGGUCCGGGUUGUAGUGUGGUAGGAGCGCGUUGUUUUAUCCGUUCAGACACUGAGGGAGAGCAGAGAGGAGGUGAGAGAGUCUGCAUGGAGCUCUACAAUGUGUUUAUAAACUACAGAGCGCUGUUAUAUUGUAUUAUUUUGAAAGGUCCGGGUUGUAGUGUGGUAGGAGCGCGUUGUUUUAUCCGUUCAGACACUGAGGGAGAGCAGAGAGGAGGUGAGAGAGUCUGCAUGGAGCUCUACAAUGUGUUUAUAAACUACAGAGCGCUGUUAUAUUGUAUUAUUUUGAAAGGUCCGGGUUGUAGUGUGGUAGGAGCGCGUUGUUUUAUCCGUUCAGACACUGAGGGAGAGCAGAGAGGAGGUGAGAGAGUCUGCAUGGAGCUCUACAAUGUGUUUAUAAACUACAGAGCGCUGUUAUAUUGUAUUAUUUUGAAAGGUCCGGGUUGUAGUGUGGUAGGAGCGCGUUGUUUUAUCCGUUCAGACACUGAGGGAGAGCAGAGAGGAGGUGAGAGAGUCUGCAUGGAGCUCUACAAUGUGUUUAUAAACUACAGAGCGCUGUUAUAUUGUAUUAUUUUGAAAGGUCCGGGUUGUAGUGUGGUAGGAGCGCGUUGUUUUAUCCGUUCAGACACUGAGGGAGAGCAGAGAGGAGGUGAGAGAGUCUGCAUGGAGCUCUACAAUGUGUUUAUAAACUACAGAGCGCUGUUAUAUUGUAUUAUUUUGAAAGGUCCGGGUUGUAGUGUGGUAGGAGCGCGUUGUUUUAUCCGUUCAGACACUGAGGGAGAGCAGAGAGGAGGUGAGAGAGUCUGCAUGGAGCUCUACAAUGUGUUUAUAAACUACAGAGCGCUGUUAUAUUGUAUUAUUUUGAAAGGUCCGGGUUGUAGUGUGGUAGGAGCGCGUUGUUUUAUCCGUUCAGACACUGAGGGAGAGCAGAGAGGAGUUGCAGUCUCCGUGCCGCGGGCUCAGUGCUGCUCGAGUGGCGGGUUUCCAGUCAAAAUGAACUCGUGUUGAAAACAUCUAGCGAGUAAAUAUUGUCUUUGGCGGGCUGGCUAUUUUUGUCGUGCAUGUUUUGUUUUUUUUUCUAUUCGUGAGACCGCGUGGAACUUAGAAGCUAGCAAUCGGGGAAGCAUUUUUUUAUAAACGAGAUCAAAUAUAUUUUCAGUAUCAAACAAUUAUUAUUUCACUGAGUGGAGUGCGUGCACGUGUACCGUAAUGAUUGUAAAAGCAGCGCUUUCCAAAACGUUCAUACAGUGACUGCCAUUUUCACACUUGCAUGAACACGCAUGGAAACCGGCUUUCUGUCCUUCUUAAUGAGUUUGAAAUCAUUUUUAAACAUUCUUUCAAUGAGGUGUAUCUGUGUUGCCUUUACUAGUGUUAUUCUGCAGGUAUCAUUUAAAAUAUUGAGGGAGACCUCAAUUAGGAGGCUGUGUGGUCCAGUGGUUAAAGAAAAGGGCUUGCAAACAGGAGGUCCCCGGUUCAAAUUCUACCUCAGCCACUGACUUAUUGUGUGACCCUGAGCAAGUCACUUAACCUCCUUGUGCUCCGUCUCUCAGGUGAGACGUAAUUGUAAGUGACUCUGCAGCUGAUGCAUAGUUCACACACCCGAGUCUCUAAGUCACCUUGGAUAAAGGCGUCUGCUAAAUAAACAAAUAAUAAUAAUUUAAAACUUGUGCUGUGGAACGUCACACAGGGUUUUUAAUAUUGCUAGGGGAAACAAACAUGUUUUUAUUUUGAUGCAGGAUAUCUGGUACUACACAAGGUUACAAUACGGGUUUAUAAGCCUUGCUUUCAGACAGUGUUGCACUUCCUUGAUCACCUGGGGGGUGAAAUUGCCCCCUCCCCUUGAACAGCUUCUUUCACAGUAUCUUAAACUGUAUUCCUGUAAUCUCAUAGUACAGUAUAAAUCUGUGAAAGUGAACUAAAGCACAUGUAAAAACAUUCUCUGUUCUCCUUGAACUAAAC